AUGCCACCAAAGAAGAAGGUCGAAGAAAAGAAGCUCCUUUUGGGACGUCCAGGUAACAAUUUAAAGACCGGUAUUGUCGGUUUAGCCAACGUCGGGAAGUCCACCUUCUUCCAAGCCAUCACCAGAUGUCCUUUGGGUAACCCGGCCAACUACCCGUUCGCCACCAUUGACCCAGAAGAGGCCAGAGUCAUUGUCCCAUCGCCAAGAUUCGACAACUUGGUCGAGGCGUACAAGCCAAAGUCCGAGGUCCCUGCCCACAUCACCAUCUACGAUAUUGCUGGUUUGACCAAGGGUGCCUCCGCCGGUGAAGGUUUGGGUAACGCUUUCUUGUCCCAUAUCAGAGCCGUCGAUGCCAUCUACCAGGUCUGCAGAGUCUUUGACGACCCAGAGAUCAUCCACAUCGAAGGUGAUGUCAACCCGGUCCGUGACUUGGAAAUCAUCUCCAACGAAUUGAGAUUGAAGGACAUUGAGUUCGCCACCAAGCACUUAGAGGCCGCCGAGAGACUUACCAAGAGAGGUGGCCAGUCCUUGGAGAUGAAGAAAUUGAAGGAAGAGGUUGAGUUGGUCAAGAGAAUUAUCGCGUUGUUGGAAUCUGGCCAGAGAGUCGCCAACCACACCUGGACCGUCAAGGAAAUCGAGGUCAUCAACACCAUGUUCCUCUUGACCGCCAAGCCAUCCAUCUACUUGAUCAAUUUGUCCGAGAGAGACUACCUCAGAAAGAAAAACAAGUACUUGUUGGCCAUUAAGGAAUGGGUUGACAAGUACUCCCCAGGUGACGUCAUCAUUCCUAUCUCGGUCUGCUUGGAGGAGAGAUUGUCCCACAUGACCGAAGAAGAGAUCAAGGAGGAAGAAAAGGCCAUCAACGGUGCCUCUGCCUUGCCAAAGAUCAUCACCACUAUGAGAAAGAAGUUGGACUUGAUUUCUUUCUUCACCUCCGGUGCCGACGAGGUCAGAGAAUGGACCAUCAGAGAGGGCACCAAGGCCCCAGACGCCGCCGGUGUCAUCCACAACGACUUGAAGAACACCUUCAUCUUGGCCGACGUCAUGAAGUACGACGACUUGAUGGAGUUGAAGUCUGAGAAGGAGGUCCAGUCCGCCGGUAAGUUGAUGAAGAAGGGUAAGGAGUACGUUGUCGAAGACGGUGACAUUAUCUACUUCAGAGCCGCUGCUGGUAAGAACUAA